AUGCCAUCAACUAUCAGCAAUGUGGUCCCCUACCAUCCCAACGAGUACAUCCAGACCGCGCUGACGGGCAACAAAGUGUCACGGAAGGCGACAAUUCUGGGUUCACAGAACAUCAUCUUGGGCGGCAAAUGCGUGAUACAGCAGGGCACCAUCAUUCGUGGGGACCUCAAGAGGAUAGCACCGCCAUCGACUGCCUCAGCGACGACCGGAGUCCAAGCGCAGCAGGCACAAUCAGUAACCAUCAUGAUCGGGAGAUACUGUCUGCUGGCGGAAUCGAGCGUGGUCAGGCCACCAUACAAAACAUACAAAGGGAUUUUCUCCUACUAUCCCAUGAAGAUAGGCGAUCAUGUUUCAGUUGGAGCUAACACGGUGCUCGAGGCAGCAUCAGUAGGCGCACACGUCGAGAUCGGCGCCAACUGUCUCGUCGGACGCUUCGUCAUUAUCAAAGACUGCGCACGCAUCUUGGAUGGCAGCGUAGUAGCGCCCAACACUGUUGUUCCCUCCUUCUCCAUCUUCGGAGGUAGCCCAGCCAGACUGGUGGGCGAGCUGCCCGAGACUUUCUCUGAGAGCUGCGAAGCCAAGAUGAAGGACUUCUAUCAACGCUUCAGACCGGCGAACGAGCGUUGA